AUGCACAGGAAAGUAUUUUCAAUCAAACUACUCAGCCUUUAUCACAAUACUCUGCAACAGAUGAUAACGAGAGCAGAUCUGAAGAAAAAGAAUUACCUGCUAAUAAAUUAGAACUUUCAGACACCCAGGAAAGCAUUUUCAAUCAAAUUACUCAGCCCUUAUUACAAUACUCUGUUACGGAUGAUAACGAGAGCAGAGCUGAAGAAAAAGAAUUACCGUCUAAUAAAUUAGAAGUUUCAGACACACAGGAUAGUAUUUUCAAUGAAAAUACUCAGAUCCUAUUACGAAACUCUGUAACGGAUGAUCAAAGGAUCAGAGCUGAAGAAAAAGAAUUACCUGCUAGUAAAGUAAACCUUUCAGAUACAGAGAAAAGCGUUUCCGAUGAAAUUACUCAGCCCCUAUUACAAUACUCUGUAACUAGUGUUAACGAGAACAUAACUGAAGAAAAAGCUUUACCUGCUAAAAAAUUAGAAUUUUCAGUUACCCAGAAACAUGGCUUAGAGACGAGUAUAAAUUCACAAAGGAAAGGAACUAGUGAGAGUGAUGAAGAUGAUUCUAUGACUCUUUUUGGUUCUGGUGAUUUAUUUCCUGGUGGUGAUUCUGAAAUUUCUUUUCAAGAAGAUGUUGUAUCUCAAUCUCCCAAAAAUUGUGAUAUUCAGGAACAUAGUUUAGAGAUGAGUGAUAGUGGUACAAAUUUACAAGAAAAAGAAAUUUUUGAGAGUUUUGAAGAUAAUUCUGUCACAGUUUCUG